ACGGCAAAAGUGUAUGAACCAAAUAUCCACCUUAAAUAAUGUAACAAUUUGCUAUGGCUUGAAGCAACAGAAAUAUUGUAGCGUCGUUAAAGUGAGUAAAUCAAGCACACAAACAACAGAUGGGCUACACAAUCCAAUUAGGACAGGAGAUACAACACGACAAAAUGGCAAAACUGUCAUUCAAGUCAAUUUUUAUAACUUUACUUUUAUUCUUUGUGUUUCUCGCAUUGUCGUGGCUUUCAUUCAUACGAAAUGUGCAUGCUCCACUCGUUGUUACUGAAGAAGAAGAUUUUUUUCUGGGACGGAAUGAAGCGCAACUGUCAGAAAAAUGGAGUGAUUUAGAGGAACUUGAUAUCCAAGAUGAAGGCAAAUUUCAUAUGGUAACAAAUAUUAUUUUGUUUACACACAAAGUUUACAGUUCAAAUUUGUUAUACGAUGGAGAGCGUACACCUACACAGGAGCAUUUGGAAAAAAGACAGCGUGAAGUGGAAGAAACUUUACAAAAAAAUCUAAAUAAUGAACAUGUUGCUGCAAUACAUAUUCUGUAUUUUCACCCAGCGAUAUCGCUAUAUUUGACAAAAUUAAGACUGAAGAACUCAAAAAAGAUGGUGUUGCAUUUAACGAGGCGUGAUCCAACAGUUGCUGUAAACUUGGAUUAUAUUCAAAAGUACUUAAAAAAUAAAUUUGUCAUUUUGAUACACCAAGACAAUUAUCUGGGUAAGGGCUGGGACGAUGUCGAUUUUACAUUUCUUCGUACCAAUCAUCUAAUGUAUGCUUUGACAAGACAUUCUGUCACUGAGAAAUACCCAUGCAAUGCAGCAAUAGGAGCUUCCUGCAAUCCAGGAGCAAUUUAUUUGGGAUCUCAUGAUACAUUUGUGUUCUAUUCUGACCGUAACUUUCCCAAAAACAUGUUAUUGGAUCUUAAUAUAAUCCCAAGCUCCAGUGGGAUGGAAAAUGUACUGAUUUGGUAUUUUCGAAAGACAUUGAAUUACAAAGUGACGAACCCAUGUAAACAUUUAAUUGUGUACCAUAAUCAUUGUGUUUCGAUUCGAGAGAAGGGAAGAAAAAGAUACAAUGUGAAAAAUAAAAAUGGCUUAGCACAAUUCACUGAUAAAUUGCGAUAACUUUUACUAAUCCUGCUUUAAGAGAAGAAAUUGUUGCGAAACUUCUUUUUGUGAUUUUAGACCUGUUUCACAGAAUUAUGUUCCACAAAGUUGUACUUUUUAGAGUUAAUCGAUCCCAAAAAUAUCUGUACACAAAAAGUUUUUGGAUAUAGAUUUAAUGAUGUGUCUUUCUUUCAUUAGCUUAUCUUUUUACUAAGAACUUCAAAAAAUUUACAGAAUUAUACACCAUUUGUAAAUUUAAUUUAUUUUAUACACUACACUGUUUUGCAAAUAUAUUUUUCUGAAACUAA